AUCAUUAUGAAAAAGAAAAGAAAAACAUUAAAACAAAAAAUUAGUUACUUGAAUGGUAAAAUUUGUUUUGAGCGGCUAUGAAAUGAAUAACCUAUUAGAAUAGAAUGUUACGCAGCGUGGACUCCUUAAUAUUCCAACCAAUCACUAUCGAUUAUCUGAGGGGUCCACGCUUACAUACCAUACACCCUUCCACUCUUCACAAUCACAGUCCACAAAGAACGAUUAACCAAACCUAAAACCAAAACCAAAACCCCCCAAAACCCCUACCCAGAUUCUCUUGCUCCGGUUCAAUACUCCACUCCCUAUUUCCCAUCCAAUCUUCAUUCUUUCCAUCUUUCAUUUCUAAGUGGUUUUUCACCUUCACCUUCUCCACCGUUCCAACGAGAAAAAACCAGCUUUACAGUCACAACUGGGUUGAUCUAUAUCUUCUUCUGAAAUGUGUGUAGCCAAUUUUGUUUCUAUGGUUUCUGCUUUCACCUUAAUAUAGCUAAUGGUAACGGGCAUAUCCCAAUUUGGGAAAGGGAAAAAAAUCUACUGAGAUUCAUAUGUUUCGGAUGCUCAUUUUUGUCUAAUUCUUCUGGGUUUUGUGAUUUUUGAUGUGUGGUGAUGGUGUUUUCAUCUAAAUGUUUGGGUUUAGGAUCUAAAUUUCGAUGAGGGGUUAUGUUUCAAUUUGAGGGGAUUCCUAGAACAUGCUCUCUCUGCGACCUAUUCGCAGGUUUUGCCAUGCCGCCGCCUCCGCCGUAGGAUCAAGUGAGUGUUCAUCUACUGCUGCUGCUGCUGCUGUUGUUGCGUCCAGUAAGGUUUUUAAUUUGAAAGACUUAGAAGAACCUGCUCUUGUUAAGCUCAAAGCUGAGAGAGACCCAGAUAAGCUAUUUCAGUUGUUUAAGGCUAAUGCCCAUAAUAGGAUUGUUAUUGAAAAUCGGUUUAUAUUUGAAGAUAUGGUAUCUCGGUUAGCUGGGGCACGGCGUUUUGACUAUAUAGAGCAUUUGCUGGAGCAUCAGAAGACUCUUCCUCAGGGCCGGCGUGAAGGGUUCAUUGUGAGGAUUAUAAUGUUGUAUGGUAAGGCUGGUAUGACCAAAAAUGCUAUUGAUACUUUUUAUGAUAUGCAUUUGUAUGGUUGUAGGAGAACUGUUAAAUCUUUUAAUGCUGCACUUAAGGUUUUGACACAGUCUCAUGAUUUAAGAGCAAUUGAGGAUUUUCUUAGAGAGGUGCCAUUGAGGUUUGGUAUUUUGUUGGAUGUGUUUUCUAUUAACAUUGUUAUUAAAGCUUAUUGUGAGAUGUGUAUUUUGGAUAAAGCAUAUUUGAUAAUGGUGGAGAUGGGAAAGGUGGGGAUACAGCCUGAUGUUAUCACAUAUACAACAUUGAUGUCAGCUUUUUAUAAGUAUAAUAGGUAUGAGAUUGGCAAUGGUUUGUGGAACCUUAUGGUGCUAAGGAGGUGUAUGCCUAAUAUUGCAACGUUUAAUGUUAGAAUUCAGUAUCUGGUUAAUAAGAGAAGAGCAUGGGAAGCCAAUAGAGUGAUGAGUUUGAUGCCGAAUAUUGGCAUUGCACCGGACGAGGUUACCUAUAAUUUGGUGAUCAAAGGGUUUUGCUUAGCUGGGUACAUGGAAAUGGCUAAAAGGGUUUAUUCUGCUUUACAUUCCAAGGGAUUUAAACCCAACAUAAAAAUUUAUCAGACUAUGAUUCAUUAUCUUUGUAAAGAAGGAGAUUUUGGUUUAGCUUAUACGAUGUGCAAAGACUGCAUGCAAAAGAAUUGGUUUCCAAAUGUGCUUACUAUCCAUGCCUUGGUUGAAGGCCUUAAGAAGAAUGGGCAGCUUGGUAAGGCUAAGGCAAUUAUUACAUUAGCUCAGAAAAGGGUACCUCAGUUUUCUUCAAAACAAUUAGGUGCUCUUCGUUCUGUUUUGUCCAAGCAUUGAAUUAGAUAGAAGACUUUUGAAGAGAAAUUUCUUUUUUUGAUGUAACCCGGGAAGCUCAACAGGAGCUGCUCAUAUGAUGAACAAUUUCCUACAAGUUUUAUUUCCUUAUCAUCUCUUUGCUCUCUAUGGUAUACUGCAGUAGAGUGCUGUAGCUACCUAAUCCUGUAAAAUUGUACUUUUUAUUAUUUAAUUUAUAAUGCAUUUCCGUGUCAUGAUCCUGACCAGGCUCAGUAGUUAUUCUCCUUUAAUCCACAUGCAACAGAACUCAGCAUCAUGGCCACUUCAUGAAAAAAUCUUAAUCCUGGUUUGUUCAUUCCUAGCUUUGGUGGUGAAAAACAGAAGGAUCGACCAAGUUACAACUACCAAGUCAUAAUGCUCCACUUUGAAGUUAUCAUUUCUCGAACAUUGAUCGAUAGCUGUUAUUUGGGAAGCAAGCCUGGUUGGGGUGCGGAAACAACAGUCGAGUUGGCGGGUUUAUUCCUGCUUGUAUUGAAAACAAAAGAUGUUCCAGUGGUCCCAGUUUCAGGUGGUAUGAGAUUUGAAGAAACUUACAUUUUCAGAAGAGACAAUAUCAAGCUACACUUGUCUAGAGCAGACAAUAUCAAGCUAUCAGCUUGUGUGUAAUCUUAAAUUUGAAUGGAAUUGUCUACUACUGUCUACUGCUACACUUGGGAAAACUACUCCUAUUUUCCAAAUUUGCAUAGAUUAUGACUUGCAUAAUCUCGAUGUUACUUACCAUGUACAAGAAAAGAAGAGAAAUUUCGUGAGUUAUUACUA